UAAGGAUCUGAAUAUCUUCCACCACUAACUGAAUCCAUUUUUCUUGUUGCAAGAAUUAAUGUUUUUAGUAGACCUGCAGUAUCUUUUCAGGUCAGUGCUAUAUCUCUGACAUUACCUGAGGCCAAAAAAUGCAAAUCCAAAAAAUCUUUCAUUUAAAAUGACUCAAAAGGCCAAAAGGACAAUUUUGUUCAUGUGCAAGUCCACAAAGUAAAGAUUCAUGUUUGCUGGCUGCAUAUUACAUACUCACAACCGUCCAUGUGCAGAUCAUAUGACAAGAUGUAUUCUAUUGAUAUUGUAUGGUGACAGCCACUUGAGUGAGAGUAUUUAGAGUAAUUGGAUAAUGACACAUUCUUUGUUGUGGUUCUGAAAUGAAAGAAUAACUCUGAGGUUAAAGUGGUGACUUUUGAGGCUGUUUGCAUCCUCAUUCAGUAAACAGCGUAGAAAUUGUCACUGUCAUGCAGAACUGCUCUGAAAAAAGAGGCUAUGACUGUUAAUGGAUUUAAACAACCUCAAACACCUUAAAGCUAAAAGUGAGUAUACUCACUUAUUGUUUUAUUUUAGAUACAUUCUGUUGGAGUACAGAGCCUAAAUAAGACAAAAUGUUUCACUGUCCAAAUGCACUUUAAGUAAAACUAGGGAUUUUGAAAAACACUCCAAAAACUAGUUCAAAGGUAACCCACAUCUGAGAAGAAUCAUACAGUUUUACACAAAGUCAAAACUGCAUUUCUCUUGAUAAGUUUGGGAAUAAAAGCUUUUCUAUUAACAGUGACUUUAUGUAAUUUCAUGCCUCCUCUGACACAACUUCCUCUCAAUUCCUCUCACACAUUUGACACACAUCUUGAUUUGGUCCAUUAAGGCUCAGUUGUACUGAAUAUACUGCAGUGUUUUGAUAGAGACAACAAAUGAAUUGUCUAUGUUGCCCCAUACAGCCUUAUGUAUGUACAGCUUGUAUGAUUAAAGUAUCAUACAGCAGCCUACAGGGCUGCAUUCAUUAUUAUAAUUCCAUGUACUUUGUAUAAUGUUGUUGUCUCAGCUGCAGCUGCUUACAUUUGGUAGCAUGACGCCAAGUGGUCCUCACCUUCCUUUUAAAUAGUCAUGUUUGCUUGCAGUGUGCUGCAUUUUUACAACAGAGGGCAGCAAAGGUCUGUCACUGGGAAGCUCUUUUAGGGGUCUUGAAUGAAACUUAAUGUACACAGAAAAAGUAACAAACCACUAAAAGUAACUUUAAAUAUCAUAUAGGAUGAAUAUAAUAUCAUUUUCCUCUUUAGUCUUUAAAAUUUUAAUUCUUAAAGAUCAACUUGACCAUAAAUAAAAUGUUCUCAUCAGAUUUGGUACAAGAAGCAAUUUUGUAUACACAUGUACAAAUUCAUCUUCAAAUUGAAAGUCCUCAUUUAAUAUUCUGUUGACUUUUGUCAGCACGUGCACAAAUCUAAAAAUGCAUAUAUGAAGCUCGUGGCUCUCCCCUUUGCCUGUCAGCUGACAUGGAUAUUUUCAGUGUCUAUUUUCAUAAGUGUUUUUGGUCUCAACCUCACUUUAAACCUUUGAGAAGAAGAGUACAAAACCUCCUGAUCACAUUAUUUCGGAACAGUAAACUACUUAUGGAUAAUAUACAGUACAGUACUGUACAGUUGAGGAAAUACAGGGGUCAUAUUUUUUAUUUUUCACCAGAAAAAUACUUAUAUAGCUGAAAAUUGUUGAAUUCAGUUGCAGACAAAGUUUUGUGGACCAUGAACGUAAAGUCGUACGUAAAUCAAUAUUCUUUAAAAAAACAAACAAACAAACAAAAACUACUGUUCACAUAUAGAGUUGAUGUAAAUUUGUAUUUAGGUGGAAUUCCUUUGGGAACUUUUAAGACUUUGAGUGAGCAUAUAGUAUUUUUAUUUAACUUGAUGUCAGAUGUUUAGAAUUAUCUUUGCUACAUUUGGCUUUGCAAUGUUUAUUCUUAGGUAUAAAGAAACAUUUCAAAAGAGCAAAGGAUGUCUUGAUAUUAAUAACUCAAACAUUUGCUAUUAGAGAGAUAUUGCUAUUUUUGUUUUGUUUGGUAAGUGCAACAAAUAUGCAACAAGCACUUAGACACUGACGCAUAGCCACUGCGCCAAAAAAGGACAGUUCCAUCUGCUGCACACAAAGAAAAGUGUCAACUGCGCACAUCUGGACUAAUGUCAGGAUUAAUGUAAUCUAAUUCUGACCAAAGGAAUUUCAUCUGUAGCAAAAUAUUUUGUGUGGAUUUGCACAUUCACUGGACUACCUGACACAUCUGGAACGAAUCAGUCCGGAUGUUACCAGCGGGCAUUAAUUAGUGAUUGGGCUGGUCCCCCUAUAAAAAGGAGACGCACCCUCUGCUCUGCUCUGUCUCCAUACCAGCCAAGAUGAGCUACGGAUCUGAAGUCUUUUCCGCCUCCUCCUACCGAAGGAUUUUCGGGGAAAGUCCCCGUUAUGCAUCCUCUCCAUCGCGGAUCAACGUGUCUUCGCGGGGAGGUUAUCGGUCCGCCUCUCUAUCCCGAAGCAACAUUUCAUCCCUGGGUUCGUACAGCAGAAAGUCCGGGCGCUCCUUCUCGCCUAUGCCGCUGGAGACCUUCGACCUGACACAGAGCAACGUCGUCAACAAUGAGUUCAAAAUUAUUCGCACCAAUGAAAAGGAACAAAUGCAAGGUCUUAACGACCGUUUUGCAAUGUUCAUCGAGAAGGUGCGCAACUUGGAGCAGCAUAACAAAGUGCUGGAGACGGAGUUGGUCGCUCUGCGCCAGAAGCAGGCCGAGCCGUCCCGCUUGGCUGAGCUUUACCAACAAGAGAUCCGCGAACUGCGCUCCCAGCUCGAUGAACUCAACGGGGAAAAGUCCCAGUUGAUGAUCGAGAGGGAUAAUGUUGAAGACGACCUCCAGAAACUCAGAGGAAAAUACGAAGAGGAGUUCCGUGCCAGGGAGGAGGCGGAGGCCAGCCUCAAGGCUUUUAAGAAAGAUGUGGACGACGCCACCAUGGUGCGCCUGGACCUGGAGAAGAAGGUGGAAUCUCUCCUGGACGAGAUCAACUUCCUUAGGAAGGUGCACGAAGAGGAGGUGGUCGAGUUGACGGAUAUGAUCCAGGCUGCCCAGGUGUCUGUGGAGAUGGAGGUGGCCAAGCCGGAUCUCACCUCCGCCCUCAAAGAGAUUCGCGGCCAGUACGAGUCCAUGGCGUCCAAGAACCUCCAGUCCGCCGAGGAGUGGUACAAGUCCAAGUUCGCCGAUCUUUCCGAGCAAGCUACCCGGAGUAACGAUGCCAUCCGCGCCAGCAGGGAGGAAGUGAACGAGUUCAGGAGGCAGCUGCAGUCCAAGACCAUCGAGAUAGAGAGUCUGAGGGGCACAAACGAGUCUCUGGACAAGCAACUGCGGGAGAUGGAGGACAGGCACAAUAUGGAGAUUGGAAACUACCAGGAGAGCAUGGCAGAGCUGGAGAAUGACCUGAGGGCCACUAAGAGUGAGAUGGCCCGUCACCUGAGGGAGUACCAGGAUCUGCUGAAUGUCAAGAUGGCACUGGAUAUUGAAAUUGCAGCUUACAGGAAGCUGCUGGAAGGUGAGGAAACCCGCAUAGGGACAGGGAUCACCUAUCCCAGCCCCUCCAUAAGCACCGGUGGUGGGCAGAGCUACAACUACCAGACCCGCAUGUACACCAGCUCCGGCAAGGUCUCCAAGAAGGAAGGCAAGGAGGAGGAGCAGCAGCAGAGCAAGGCUGGAGCCAAGGUCUCCCAGCGUGAAGUUUACGAGGAGACGGUCACCACCAAGAAGAUGGAGAACCAGCAAGUCUCCGGCGAUAUUCCCACCAAUCAGAAAAACUAAGAGCCUACUGUAAGCCUGUUCUUGACCCCCAAAAACCUCCCUUUAUCCUGCAAACCCCUCUCCUCUGUCUUCAUCUCUCAUCCUAAAAUGAACCCUGAGCCUUUACACUUAAAACACUUGUGGAGAUCUAAGAUGGUGCCUCUGGUUUGCCUUCUUAGAAACACAGUAAGAUUGUUUUGUAACAUCUGAAAUAUCAUGUGUUGGAUGUCCACAAGUGAGCAGAGUGAAGGAUCUAGAGGUUUGUUUUAUGUUGGCUUCCCCCUCUGUCCCCCACGGAUGUUCCCCAAAGGAAAUUGAUUGUAACUCUACUGUAACAAUCACUAUUACAAACCACAGUUCUCUCUCGUUCUCCUUCACACACUCAACGUCUAUAACAAUAAAAGCACUUAGGUAGCACAUCUUACAGAACUACGGUCUAUCACAGUACAAUAAUCAACUGCUCUUUCACAUUUUGAGCUAAUGUUGCAACAAUAAUCAAAAAAUCAUACCAAAAGAAAAGAUAAUAACUCUGGUCAUACACUAAUACCACAAGCUGUGAGUUACUCUCAACACAUUCCAAGGGAAGCAUGUGUAUGUGAGUGUUACUGUGCGCACUUAAAGGACAAAAGAUUCAAAACACAUCAGCUGGUGUGGGUUGCUUUUUUUGAAUCCACUUAUACAAUACAAAUUCAAUUAUUCCUGACAUAAUACCGACAGUCCAGUAAGGAAGCACACCGUUUACAAUGGAAAGAAACCAGCUAGAAUAAUAUGUGAUAGCAUUUUACUGAGCCGUUUACUAGAAAUCGUGGCUAACACCGAUACUGUUGAAUAUUUUCAGUCUCUUAAGUAAAAACAGAGUUGUUAAACUGCUUUAAUCUCUUCUUGCACAAUUUUCCCGAUCACAGUCAUAGCACCAGUUGUUCGACUGUGGUCUAAUCAGCUCUGCAUGACAACAGUUUGGAUGAGGAUGAACAACCUCAGUCGAGCACUGACCCUCGUUACGUCUCAGUGAUGUCAUUAUCAAAAGUUGAGCAUUGUAGCUAUUUAAAUUAGAGUAAGACUUGAAGCAAACAAGAAAACGAGUGUAUUAAUCAAACAUAAUUUGCAUGGUGUAUGUAGAUAUCAUGCUUGCAUGGAAUCCAUCAACUCCAUCAUUCAAAUAUAAAGGAAGGUCCACGCCUUCCUUUUCACCAUUAGACCAUGCUGAGCAUCAUCAUGCACAACACUCAUUUAUGACUGUAAUACAGAUGUGCUUGUUAGCCUGUAGGCUAGAUUUGAGACUACUGUUAUAACUCGUAGGAUGUGACUUAGAUAGGCUGCAGAUCUCUACUGUCGAUGCUGUUAAGAUAAGGAGGAAAGAUUGUCUUUAUGGCACUUAUAUAGGAAUGUCAAAACUACCUAAUUUGGUAACGAUGAACAGUUUGCACAAUGUGCUACAGAGGGAUUCAGGGAAAAAGGAUGGUUAAGCAAGAAUGUUGUAGAGAAGGCAAAAUGCAGCUAGAGAUUUGUCUCUUGAUACAGUUAGUCAGUUAGAGACUGUGUGUAUCCCAUGUGCCAUCAACGACGCUUGAAGUGCAUUUGAGUCCCAGAAUCCACAACCAUAGCACUCAGUGUGAAAAAAAAACAUGCCGACAACACUCAAAAAUACAUCAGAAGUUCAGUCGAACCUACCACUUGACCUCUCUCUUCUUAAGUGUGGCCAUGACUGAAUAAAAUGUCUGUUGUAGUAUGACCUCACCACUAGAAAUCCUUCUGUAUGAGAGACUUGUAGCUACUUUCUCUGCUUGUGCACUGCCAGCUUUAACACAGCUAUCUUAUUCUUCUGCUGCUUGCCAUGGUGACCCACGCCUUGACAAGCUGCGCUUACACUACGACUGAAAACAAACAAAAAAAAACCUACUGAUUGUACGGCAGACUGUUUUGGAUCGGGUUGUUUUACUUGAGGCUUGUGAUAAGUAUCUUAGUACUGUAGCAAGUGUGUUUGUAUCUCUACACAGUGGCCUAUCAUAACUGGAAUAUUUUUGGGAGUGAGUCAGCAAAUCUGACACUUGAGCAGGCAUUUUUGGUUUAUGGAGGCAUCCAGUUUAAAGCAGAAGGAAAAUAACAGAUGCACAAAUACGUAUACAUGUACGCAUGCAGCAUUUAUACAGCUAUAAUAAUGGAUAAAUGGUUCAUGGUUGCAAAGGUCAGGCCUUUAUCUUCACACUGUAAACCAAAAGAGUUUUCAUGGGUGUCUGAAAAAAAAAUGUCACUACUACAAUUCCUUCUACAGCACUGCCAAACUUUUCUAAGUGCACAUGCAACAUCACUUCAUGGACAAGAUUUUUUUUCGACAAUAUGGUGCAUCACAAAUCCAAAAAUCAACAAUCAAGACUUAGCCAUAGAGCAAAUACUGUAGGAUGUAAAAUGCCUUAAAACACCAGCAGCUUCUUUUCUGGCCAUGGCUGUGAUGUGUAUGAUUCUGUUCAGUGGGGUGUUUAAUCAUUAUUAUAUCUUUAUUAGCGUUUAACUAGAGCUACCAUGACUACAAAAGCUUAGGGAUUGAAUGUAGUUGACAUGCUAUUCUCUUUACUGUUAUAACUAUUUAUGUAUUGCUGUAUGGCACCAUAUCAAUAAAGACUUGACAUUAUCGAGGCUGCA